AUGACCACUAACAAGGAGACGGUAGGAAGAUCGAUUCUCGCUUGUCUCAUAUCGACCUUGGGGCCUGUGAGCUUCGGAUACUGUUUAGCAUACUCAUCAUCGGCCUUAGUGGAUUUGUCAAAUGAUCAGACAGAUCCCGCUAUACGAUUAUCUGACUCGCAAGGAUCCUGGUUUUCGGUGAGUAUUUUUUUUUCUUUUCAUCUGCGCUCACGCUAAGCAUUAUAAACUAUAUUUUGCCGACAUACAAGGCUUUUUUUUAUUUGAGUGUCUUAUACAAAAUAGCCUAUUAAAAAAAGUCUGACCACAGGCAGCCCAAGCGCACUAUGUUUGGGUUCGGGCUUCAGAGGUCAUUUGGUCGGAGUACUAGAAUUAAUAGUGUAUUAUCUGAUGCCGAAUAAAUGCAAAAAUCUUAAAGAUACGAAAUCUUCUUGUUUGUCUAUCUGUACUAGUAGCCUUUAAGGUAACGAAGGUCGAGAUUUCUUGCAUUAUUCGAAUUUUAUCACAUGUCAGACGUGUAUUCGAAUCUACAACGCUAAGAAAAAAAAUCACGAUCACGCGAAAUACUGAUGCAAAAGUCUCCCUUACCUUUAGUUUAUAGCCACUCUGUUUCCUAAGGCCGGUUUAAACGCCGUUUAGUUGAGUUUCCUUCCAUCGAGUACUGGCCACCAAGAAACUCGACUAAGCGGCGCUUAAACCGGCCGUAGGACACAGAGUGGCUAUGAACUAAAGGUAAGGGAGAUUUUUGAAUCAAUAUUUCGCGUGAUAGUGAUUUUUUUUCUUAGCGUUGUCGAUUCGAAUACACGUCAGACAUGUGAUAAAAUUCGAACAAUUAGGGCCCGAAUCACAUGUAAUUCGAUGUAAUAAUGCAAGAAAUCUCGACCUUCGUUAUCUUAAAGGCUACUAGUACAGAUAGACAAACAAUAAGACUUCGUAUCUUUAAGAUUUUUGCAUUUAUUUGGCAUCAGAUGAUACACUAAUAAUUUUAGUACUCCGACCAAAUGACCUCUGAAGCCCGAAGGAAUACCAACUAAACAGAAAUUUAGAAGGGGUUGAUUCCGCCUCUCAGUUUUUUUAAAGGUGAGGUAAAGUAAGACGCACCACGGGCCAUGAGGCCAGUAAGGCAGACGCUUUUUAAAACCCGUUUUUAGCUCAUGGAUGACGUAGUCAUGCCAUGGGCUUUUGGAGGCACUCGAAUGGCACUCGAUCACUCACUCACUCACUCACUCACUCACUCGAUUCUCAUUAAUUUUUUCAUGAAAGUCAGAUUAAACAUGUUACUCCUACCUCCCUUACUUAGUAUUACCUUUUUUCCAAGUGCCUUUUACGUAUAUGUUUGGAAUAUUCUAGAGGGUACUAGUAAGGCGAAUUUUUUUUCCCGAGAUGGGUUUUGUAUAAAUAACAAUAUUUUAAAGAACACUGAUAAUAUCAUCCGCAAGAAAUGGACUUAAAAUUGUUAAAAGGACAUUGAAAUAAUUGAGCGUGGAUCAUUGUUGUAUAUUUGGACAAAUUGUGCACAUUUGUUCCCGAUAUUGUACUUGAUAUGGAGAAGAUGCGAUCAACAGGAGCAUGAAAGAGCUGUUGCAGCCUGACGAUGGGAUUUCGUUCAGCGAAAAGCGAAUAAGCCAAAGAGCCUUAUAAUCACUGCAAAAAAACUGUCCUCGAAUUGUUAAAGCAACAUUGAGGAGAAUCUAUUGAGGUUUUUCCAGUUAUUUGGACGAAUCCGUUCGACCAUUUGUCUUCGUAUGCAAACAGGGAAUGAAUUAAUGUUGUGUCAACUAGAAGCACAGGUUUUAGAACCAACAAGCGUUACGCUAUUUUGCUGGAAUUCUUAGGUGAUCUUUGCCUUAAAGUAGGCUUUUGUUUGUCGGUGAUUACAUUUAGCAGUGCUAUUAAUGUAAUUUCGACAAGAAAUGCUGCGCUGGUAUAAAAGGCAAUCGGAUACUUCGACUGCGUUUAAAUUACUUGGCUAGGUCAGAGCACGUACUGCUUUGAGCUUAAUUUUACAUGUAUUAAAAUAAUUUUUAGCUCGUGUUUAUCAAAAGCGCGUUCUAAAGCAGUUCAAUUUAGCCAUAAACGCCUGUAUUCUGUAUCUAAUAUAGCUCGCACUGCAUAUACUAACCGUUACGUACUCAUUAUAUGGAAACGUUUAUUUGAAAGCAUCGCACUUUUAAAACCACGGUUUAAAUAAAACUCAUGUAUGUAAAACUUGGCUAUUUUACAAGAAAGUGCACUGUCGUUCGGAAAGUGUUUGACAGUCAGAUGAGAAAGCAAACUAUUUUACAACUAAAAAGCGUUAAUAAUUGCUUUUAAAAGUGAUCUUUGCUUUGUAAGUAGAAAUGCUGCACUGAUAAAAAGUUUCUAGAAUAUUCAGGUACACAUGCAAUCGGAUACUUCGAGUCACGCUGUAUUUUGGCAAGUCCGUACGCAAUGAACCGUUCAAAAAGACUUAUAUGUUUUUCUUUGAUUAUUGAACUGUCUUUUCUACACUAAUUCAAUUCAUCCAUGAGCUCGCUCCUAGGAGCCUUUGAUUUAUAGUAUGAAAUACCCAGGAGUAUAGAGGGGAUGCUAGUUAAUCACGGGGUUACCAGUACCCGUCAUAUUCUCUCUUGUCCGUGAUCAUGAGAAGAAAGACAUGUUGGAGCUGUUGAAACGGGAUCGACGCCGCGCCAGUCCACAUAUUUUCCUUUCGUUAUUCUCUUUUGCGUGAAAAAAAAAAACACAAACAAGACCGGCCGUAAUGCUAAAGCGAAUGACAUCAAAAUUAUGGGCAGACAUUAUUAUGUAACGAUUUCGACCUUCUUUCAGGCAAUUUCAUCGGACGUCAUUUUUUUACAGGUUCUGAUACACGUGGUUUUGUCAGCUGGCAAACGUUUUUAAAAAAUAGAUUCAGAAGUUGACAGACCUGAUUUUUCUUCAGACAUGUGCGAAUUUUUGCUUAAAAUCUUAUAUCUUAUAAUCGGAGGUGAAUAUAAACGGUGAGGCUUAUUUUAGGAAUUGAUCAUGAUCAUAUGAUUGGCUUCACAAGCUGAUCCUGUGUUCUGAUUGGCUCGAAAUUUCAAUCUUUGUUCCCGCAAAAAUACAUUUUCUCUUGGCAAGUCAAUGACCAAGCCAGUAGCCCAUGGUCAUCGGCUCCUGACCAAGCAUAAUGGCAUAAGAGGCGUUAUUUUAUUCAUUUAAAUUUUUAAUUGUCUUGUGACACUCGCUAAAUUCUCGCUUGCCUUAGCUUGCCAACCUCGUCCCCAGGCCUCGUCCCUGGCUUUGGAGGUGGGGCGCCGUCACAGUGAUAUGGGCAUUCCCGCGUUUUGGGCAUCCCCAUUCCCAUAUCCCUAGCGUUUUGGGCAUCCCCGGUGGGGGAUGCCCAAAACGCUGAUCGCUUCGACUUUGCCUAAAUUAUUUCAGACUGGGCAAAAGUCGGAUUGUCAAUCACGAAGUUACGGCUGAAUAGUGCAGAGGCAUGUUAGAAUUAUAUCGUCUAACACCGUUUCGCCGGGUUUAUUACGCAGAAAAAAAAAACCAUUGGCAGUAAACGUUGGCUCAAAACAUGACGAAACUGAAAUUUACAUCCGCAUAACAUCGCUUCGCUGUACAAAGCGCCCUGGGGACGAGUUUGUUAGCUUGUCUGGAAAAAAGGAAUGAAAAAUAACGUCUGUUAUGCAGGCAAGGGCGAUAUCCACCAAUCUCAACCUCUAGCAUGGUCAAUAACGCUUAUAUUUUGAAAAUAGUAUCCAGCGAUUAUGCCAGCCUGAAUCGGGUUUCACGUGGGCCUAAUCAACACGGACCAAAUGCAUAAAUCUAUAAAAACGGGCAUUUUUGCUCCCUUGCAGGAAUUUUAUUAUAUCUGCUGAAACAAACAUCGCUGACUAAAUCAACUCAACCGGCCUAAAUUAAUUUGGGUCCCGCUAAAUUCGAAUUCGACUCGGCUUGAGUGAACGCCCCCUACAGGGUUACAGUAGCACUUAACUAAAAACAUUGACAUCGAAUGCUGUAUUCAACACAGAGCGAGAGUGCCUGUUUUGUCUUUUAUAGGUAUUUCUUUACGCACAACCCCGCCUAAGUGAAACCUUCAUUCGCCACUUAGAAACUACCGUUCACUUUCGCAAAGACUCCUGGGACUGUUACUAGGGAGCGCGGAAAAAAGCUGCCAAUAGCUGACCAGCGCGUCCCCAAUGACGACCCCAGAGACAAUUGCGGGACGUAGUUCCAGCUCCUUUCUCGUUUUAAAGGAGCGUCAGGAUGCCGGAUGUGCUCCUGGCGGCUUACUGUAUGGGCAAAGAUAUUGGCUUUCCGUCCUAAAUACCCAAAUUAAGACAAAAAUCUGCAUCUUAAACCCCUAGGUGAGACGAAAAGCAUCCCUUUCUUGUUCAUAUUGCCAGAAUUCAUACCAUGAAGGAAUUAUCUGAUUGGCUUUCAGCAGUCCUGAUUCCAGCAUAAAUUGGGUAGUGAAAUAGGGCAAUAUGCGUCAUGCUUAGGCAACUGCACAAUACGCGCCAUCGGCCGGCACGCGCCCACUUCCCGCAAAAAAAAAAAUUCGGAAGAUCUUGUGAUUUUAAGAAAAGCUCAAAUUAUUACAAAUUUUGUUAUAGCUAUGAUUAACUGGUAACAGAACUUCGUAUCGUCCAAUUUGGCCUGUAACUUACAGAUCACAGACCGAAUGGGCUUCUCUCAGUUCUACUACUAUCAUUUUUAUAGCCUGUUCCAGGCUCCGAGAUAGUGGUGAAAAGUCGUUCAGUAAAAAGAAAUGCGAAAAACGCGCGGGGGCUGGGGAGAGACAGACAUUUUUCCCGCCUCCACUGGCACUGGCACAGGCUAUCAUGGGUUAACAACAUAAUCGUAAGACUCACAAACCAAGAUAGAAAGAGCACACCGCGCGAGCUUUAUAAAAUGUUCAAGUAUGGUGUUUAUUGGGCCAACAGUAAACAAUGAGAUCGACAUGCUGCCAUUCAAAAACCCCAAAAUUUACUGAGAAGAAAGAAGACGUCGGGAAAAGUAGCGGGCGACACGUACAGUCUUAGCAAAUUUUCAAGUUUUUUUUAUAACUGCUAAACCUUGCUUAAUAUUGUCGAACCUUAGGGAUUUAGUAACGCUCAAAGUGCCCUUUCUGACAAUAUGUGGGUCUUCUGCAACCUCGUUCCCAGGGUUCUCUUCUCCUACCCGCCCUACGGAGCGGGUAGGAGAGAACCCUGGGAACGAGGUUGGGUCUUGUGUAAUACAUCAACUCGUGUCUAGUCCCUAGGAAUUAGGGCAAUGGGACUAGUCCUGUAACUGAAGUUUUUUUUUUUACCCUUUGCGGUGCAGGUACUGGCUGCCUUAGCUUGUAGCACAAGCGCAAGCCCUGUCGUUUACGCUAGGCUGAGAAAUUGCUCAUGAUCAAGAGAGGGAAUAGCGUUAUAGUUUAGCCCUUGUGAUAUGUGAAUUUCACUAAAAUUAUUUAGAGGAAUCAAAGGUUUCAAAUUAAUGGAAAGUUAGUUGCGGAGAGUUCAGCAAACCUUUAUUCAGUGUUAUCAAGAGAGAAUUGAACUGUCGCCAUUAUAAUAUUCUGCAUUAUUUGCUACAAGGCAGUCGCCCGUGGACUUGAUAACGUUUCAAACAAUUGACUAAAAUGUGCGGACUUAUCAGGAAUUAGACUUUCAUUUAAUUACAACUUCUAAAGAUAACUUAAGCAAAAUUCACAUAUCCUGGCCAACGCCCUAAGAUUCUCUCUCUGUGCCAUUACUCUCUUCUACUUCGGAGAUCGAAAACAUAAAUGUGCGAAAUCAGGAGCCCAUAACCUGGAGCGAGCAACUCCCACACUAGGCCUAUGUCACAGCGUUACGGACCGGUUUAUUUUUAGACACAUUUUAGGGCAAAAUAUUUUUCCCGCGAAAAUGGAAUGUCCGCCACGUCUAAUAUGAACGCAUUCGAAGUAUGAGAUAUCAAAAAGGAAAACGCAACGUCAUUAAAAGGCAAAAAUUAUCAUUUUUAGGCCUGUAUGGUUUGCUGACUGGUUUUGUGGGACUUAAAAUAUCUUCUAAAUUCGCGCCAAAACCGUUCUAAAAAUAAACUAGGCUGAUUUAGCAACAGAACGGGAACGUCAGUUGACGACGGCGCGCGCAAAUCAAACAACCUACUUGACCAAUGGCAGAGCGGCAAAUUGGGCACCGGAAGUCGAGUUUAGUCCUUUCCCGUCGUCAAAUGACGUUCUCGUUCUGUUGCUAAAUCAGCCUACUGGUCCGUAAAAACGCCGUGACACGAGCGCAUGGAAGUUGCUCGCUCCAGGUUAUGGGCUCCUGGCGAAAUCCAUUCUUCCACCCAUGCAGGCUAGAGAAGUGUCAAUCACUCUCCCAAUCUCUCUCUGCCUCUCUUAUUUAUUUUUUCAGUCUUUAGUCACUGUUGGAGCCAUGAUUGGGUCAUGUAUAGGUGGAUGGUUAAUUGACAAAUUUGGUCGUAAAGGCAGCAUCCUUAUGUCCGCAGUUCCCUUUGAGCUUGGAUGGCUUCUUAUCAGCUUUGCAAAGAAUCACGCCAUGCUGUACGCUGGUCGCAUUAUAACUGGCUUGGCCUGUGGAGUGGUCUCACUUGCUGUUCCAGUAAGUUGUUCUUGAACUCUCUCCUCCGCCGAGGCUCCUGCUGGGCAUUCCAGUAACAAUAGCAAUAGUUAAAAAAUAGUAAGCGCGUGAUGGACGAUGGGAAGGGGGAAAAAACGGGAGCAUCUCUUUCUGUCUUACCCCUUCCCAUCAUCCUCCUCCCAAGAUAACUGGUCUUUGAAAAGGUUCGCCGGAGAGAACAGCAGUUUCGCGACGCCACCACUUGUUUCCCUGUAAAAUGUGACGCCUGAGAAACUAGUGCAGAAGUUCCACACUGAUGACAUGUGACUACCCAGAUCUACAAUUCUAGGUAGUGCUUCUGAUUGUCGUGUCUCGUGGGAAAUUUGUCUCAGCCAGUCAGAAGCACUACCCAGGUCUGGGAAGUCACACGUCAUCAGUAUGGAAUUUCUGUGCUCGUUUUUCAGACGUCAUUUGGAUGGGAAACCUGUGGUGGCGUCGCCAAAUGUCGGCUGUUCUCCACGGCGAACCUUUUCAAACACCAGUUAUCUAACCCCAACGUGUCAUGCCUAAGUAACUGGACAGUACGCACUUUAAUGACUUUUUUUCACCGCUAGCCAAAACACUCCUAGAACUUCUUGUGUUUCCAUUUAAAAAAACCUAAAAUAUCACAGAUCAGUCAAUUGCUUACAAAACUUUGUGUCGUCCAAUUCGGUUUGUAAUGGUACUCGUGAUUAAACGAAUCGUGCUCGGCGCAACGCAGUCGUCCGAUUUUGUUGAUCACUCGUAUGAUUACUGGUUGAAUUGGACUCUACUCAGUCCUAUUACCAUUAUUAAUGGGACUACGGUACAUUGAUAUUGACUUAAUGUUUCUUUUAAAGAUUUAGCUAAAAUAGAGUUACACUUCGCUGAAAGGAAAUAAACUUAAUAAACGCCCCCUCGAUUAUGUGCCCUCCUUCUAAUUUGCGCCCCUUCUUUUAGCCAAGUCGGAUACAGUGAAUUUAUACGGUAGCAACUUCCUUCUUCAGUGGCAGAUCCAGAGGAGAGCCUUCCCCUUAUUUUUAGACUAAACUCAGGUCCGAGGGGCUCUAAAAAUUUUUUUGAGACCGCUUCCCCCCUUAUUUCAGGGUCUGGAUGACCGCCANGUCCGUCACUGUUAUUAGAGACCUUCAGAUUCGACGACAAGGGAGACUGCGAGGACGAGAUUUCACUUGAACUUACCUCGCGUAUUCUAAUAGAAUAUACGCCGCGGAAAGCUUCAUUGUACUUUUUUUCGCCUGAAAUAUUAGCACGGUUAUUUUCUCUUGAAGGAGGUUAAGCCCUCUCUCGAUCGCAAACUGAUAAAACUUCUAAAAUUUGAUAACUUGUUUCCGUCAUUACAACAGUCUCGCUAAAUUUCGUAGUAGAAUGACGACGGCUAUUGCGUUCUCCCACCAAAAUGACACUGGUUCAUGCGCGCACUACUUUGUAUUGAGAAAAUCUCUUCUCGUACUCGUUUUCGUCUUAGAAUCUAAAGGUCUCUCUAUUGAUGCUUAGGUGUACAUCGCCGAGAUUGCGCCAGCAAGGCUACGUGGAGCGCUGGGUGCUUCAAACCAGUUAGCCAUUACAUUCGGCUUAUUACUGUCAUUUGUACUGGGGGUUGUGUGUCAUUGGAAAUGGCUGGCUCUUAUUGGUGCUAUUUUGCCUGUCCUCCUUGUGAUCCUAAUGUUUAAAAUGCCAGAGACGCCACGUUGGUCCUUAGGAAAGAACAGACGAACUGAGACUUUAAAUGCUCUGCUUUGGCUACGGGGUCCUGAAGUAGACAUUGUGGAGGAGCUCACAGCCAUCGAAUCUAGUCCAGGUACACAUACUUUCUUAUUGCAAGGGAAGCCCGGGGGAUAUUCACCAAAGUUUUAUGCGGGGAGGCUCCGCCCCAAGGUCUAACUCACCUUUUUAUAUACCAUUUUUGGCAGAAAAGGUACCCCUUUCGUAUACCUUCUAUUGACAAAUGCAGUGGCAGAUCCAGGGGAGGGCCGGGGGGCCCGCCCCCCUUAUUUGUUAGACCAAACUGAGGCCCGAAGGGUCGCAAAAAUUUUUUUGGAGACAGGCCCCCCUCUUUUAUCAGGGGCAUCGAUCUCUGCCGAGAAACUAAAUUCCUUUCGACUCGAUUUCGUUUCCGUAAGUGAUGAACGCGGAUCCGUAAUCAAUGAUUAUCUCUAGUCAGAAUUACAAUGUCGUUACAUUUUUAUUUUCAGAACAACAGGAGAAGCCUUCAUUGCGUGAAUGGCUAUCGCCAGAGUUAGCAAAACCUCUCUUUCUGAGCAUUGGAUUAAUGUUCUUUCAACAAUUUACUGGAAUGAACGCAGUCAUUUUUAACGCGGCAAGCAUCUUCUCAGCAGCAGGUUUCAAAAACGGCAAACUCGUUGGCAUAACAAUAGGCCUGAUGCAGUUUUUGGGUACCUGCCUGGCUUGCUUAAUCAUUGAAAGAACAGGACGACGGAUCCUUUUAUUAAUAGCAUCAAUAAUCUUGGCUGUUUCUCAACUUGGUCUUGGCUUGUAUUUUGAAAUCUACAUACCUCCCCAUGAUGAGAGCCAGUCUUCAGACGCGCUAAGCUCCAUAAGUCAUUCCGUAGAAGCAUCAAAGAUCAGCUGGCUGUCCGUGUUUUGCUUAAUAUUCUUCAAUCUUGGUCAUGCCCUUGCCUGGGGUCCGAUUCCAUGGCUCGUCAUGUCAGAAAUUUUUCCCCUGCGAGCUCGAGGUCCAGCCGGCAGCAUAUCAGUUCUAUCCAACUGGCUAGCCGCUUUUAUCGUCACCCUUACCUUUAACAGUCUGCAGUCGUCAUUUACAGUUCCAGGAGCAUACUGGUUCUAUGCAGGAUGGCUCUUACUGGGGUUUGUCUUUGUUUAUCUAUUUAUGCCAGAGACAAAAGGGAAGACGCUGGAGGAGAUUGAGGCUCUGUUUGACAAAAACAAGCGUUCCUACCAACCAAUCGAAUGAGGGCGAGGCAGAUCCCUACGGCUAGAGGGUGAACCUCUCACACGGGAGAUAGUCUCCCGUACAGAAGAGACAGGGGAAGCUCGUUGUGCCGCUUAGGGGUGCAGAUUGCAGAUUUUGGUCUUACUUAGGGUGUUCAGGACAGGAGGCCGAUACUUUUCAGACUUUUAACCAUAAACAUAUCUCUCGGGCUUAGUAUGAAGAAAAACUGAACAAGGCAGUCUGAUACUGUGUUGUAGACAGCACAUGGCAUCACAACAACUCCAGACUGUUCACAGUCCCCUUUUUUUUCGUAUGAUUAUCGAGGGCCCACUGUCACAGAGGUCAUUUUGGUUUAAAAUGUACCGAGGAGGCGGGCCUCGAGGUUUGUAGCGGUGGGAGAAGGGAGGCCUCUUCCCAAACCGACCCUCCUCCCCGUUAGUAGAUUUCGUACUCAUCCUCAGGCUAGACUCGACACAUUUAAAACCAACUAACAGCCUGUAAGGGUAGGUGCUCGCUCCUGACGAUCUUACAGAAAAGUAGAGGACUAUGUAGCCUGAGGAAACAGCCGACAUUUGACGACGCUACCAAUGGUUUUCCCGCCAAAUGGCGUCUGAGAAACAAGCGUAGAAAUUCCAU